UUUCUACAUGACCAGCAAAAUCCCGACCAUCUUAUUCCUGGACAUGAAAUGGAUGUGUCCCUUUGUCCAGACUUCAAUGGCAAGGUGCGUGUUUUUCAUUCUGCAACUGCAUCUUUCUAUGCUCCUAGUGAUAUUUGUGGAGUUAAUGGUAUGCUGCGUUGUGUCAUUCACUCAGCAUCAACUUGGUGUAAGUAA